CCUCAGUGUGUUUUACCGGGACCCAGGGGGAUUGCUUCGGAAGCAGGGACCCCGGGCGUUAUCCGGCCACCGAUGUACCCCCGCCGAUCCCCAGCGCCACUCGCGGAGGUUUAAGAGCGCAGGGCAGUGGUAGAAUGUGUUCCUGAUGGCAACAAUGUAACCAUCCAAAGCUUCUUUUUGGGCGCCUACAACCGAUUCUCAUACAGCGGAAUUAAUUUGCUCUCGGCAGCCACAUUUAAUAGGAACCACCUCACGUCGCAAGCGACGGCAUGACACCACGAGGGUGCUGUCGAUAGAUGGUUUUCGAGAACGGAAAGAAUGGAAAGCCGCAUGCUCCUGUCAUCCUGGACGGCACAGAUAUCUAGGCAGAGAUUUGAGAGAUUUGGUGACCCUCAAACUCGGAUAUCUAUACAGGAAACAUAAAGUCCCUUCGAUCGAUUUACCCUCCCAAAAUUUGUUAUUUCCCGGAAUGGCUUGCGUCGAAUGUCGUCGCAGGAAAACUAAAUGUGACACCGCACGGCCAAUUUGCGGCAGAUGUGAGAAGUUUAAUAGAGAUUGUCAUUAUGAGCGUAUGGAACGCCCCGCUCGGCCCUCGUUGAGUCAACUCGAAGAAAGGGUAUCAAAUAUCAGCAGGGAGGUCAGGGGAAUGUUGAGAAAGACUGCUAUCUUCAAGCAUGGACUCAUCCAGAGACUCAGCGGUUGCGAAGGGGAAGUCGGGAACCCCCCGCGUGGGUUCCCUGGUCGACCAUGCAUCCCUUUGUAUCCUGAUUCCUCCGUUCUUAACUUGCCUAGACCCACCUCUGGGACUGGCUGUGUCACGAGGAUCGUCCUGCCUGAAGGCUAUGGCACAGUCAUACCAAGGGGUGUGAUAGAUGACAAAUUGCAACACUUUGACACUUCUUUGGGGGUCCCGCACGACUUGAGCCAACAUCUCAUUCAAGUUUUCCUUCCCUUCAAAAGUCAAUUCAAUUUUUACAUUCACAUUCCGCGCUUCCUACAAUGCACUCAUUUUCCACCCACGCAUCCCGAGUCUGUUCACCCUGCUCUACUAAGUGCCAUCCAUCUAGCUGCUUGCUCCGUCGGCGGCGGAUUGAUGUCUAGCUACGAGCCUGUGUUUUUAACCCACGCAUGCAGCCACCUUGAGCAGUCGCUCACCCACGCCGACCGGCUCAUUCAUUUCAUGUGGGCCUCAGUCAUACUUGGCUGCUAUUAUAUGCGGGGUGGAAGAGUGGCGAAGGCGUUUAACACGAUCUCAGCCACUGUGCGCUUUGCAGUCGCGGCAGGGCUUCAUGGGAGUGCUCGAGGGGACGAGGCAUACCGAAUAACGCCCGACUCGGAAAGCCUGCUUGCUCCUCCUGCUGAUGCCAUUGAGAGCGUCGAGAGAGUCAACUUGUGGUAUGCUCUUGUUCUUUGCGAAACUUCUAUCAGUUUGUGUGCUGGGUUUCCCUCAUCGGCUCCAGGCGAUAAUUGUGCCUCAGUGGAGGCGAUGCUCUCCUCAUAUAAUCCGAUGACGCAUGAGCUACUACCGAGCCCCGAUCUGAGAGCAUAUCAAAGCGUCAACCAAGUCCUAGAGGCUGACCUCAGGACAAAGUCUGCCGUCCUUUUGGAGGCAGCGAAAAACCUUGUGCUAGGCAUCAGCCUAACCCCAGACGGAUCUCUUACUGAAGGCUGCAGACGGCGCCACGGAGUGCUCCUUAAAGCCUACUCCAUCCUAUCUCAGAAUCUUCCAGAUAUCACAGAUCCUCGUGGUCUUCAGCCAAGAGAGACAGUUUGUUACGCGAACCCAGAGCUUGUCCAGGCACAUCUGGCUUUACAUGCGUGCGCUAUCUUGCUGAACAACAUCCAAGUCUCGGUUCACCCAGACGUCAGCUCAAGGAAGAAUGUCGUUAACGCAGCGCAUGCUAUGGCAAGGAUUGCAUCUCACAUCCGACCCACCGGAUCAUUGUUGCCUAUUCAUGGGCAUCUGAAUUCAAUCUGGUACUUCUACAUGGGUUGUGAGGUGCUCAUUCGGGAAAUAAUGCAUCUAAGAUCACGCAUGUCACCAAGUGACAUGGCCACAGCUGAAUGUAACCGAAGUCUUCUCAUCAUAUUAGAUGUCCUGCUCGAGCUCGUGAACUACUACCCUUUUUGGGAGUAUUCUAUCAAGAAGAUUCCUUUGUUAUUAUCUGGGGUCGAGGAUUAUGACACCAUCUAAGGUUGUACAGUCAGUGUGCUUACACGCUGUGCUGACGCGCAGCAUCCCACCAAUCCCGACACCCUUCCCGACAUGUCCGUACGCUUCCGAUCUAUAGGUAAGGAAUGGAUGGUGAAUUGUGAAGAACAAAGGUAAUAUGUACACCCGGGGGACCUCUAUUACUCCG